AUGGCACUAAUCAAAGCAACCGACGGCGACCGCGUUCUAGACGACCCAUCUGACGAACAGCUGCACGACCUGCUUGCAGACAUGAACUUGUCGUGUAACUUUGUCAUCGUGGAGCGGCUUGACCGUGGUGGUGAGCACUACAUCCAAGUAGCUUUGAGCGAGGAACCAAACUACGGGAGCUAUCAGGUUGAAUACCGUGAUGGCAGGCCGGACGCGCACUUUGAAGCAACUGUCCUGAGGGACUCGGACUGGGAUAGCAUUCUCGACCACGGCUUCGAACGGGUCAUGCAGGUGGUUUGCGAUUGGGUUGCUGACAAUGCACGUUGGCGUACGGCGCUGCCCUGGAAGCCAUUGGUUCUAAGUAAUAAUCAAUAA